AAGCACCGUUAAAAGAGUAGCACGUUUUCUGACCAAUUGUAAUGCCAGUUUGACGGACUGUCAAACAUUUCCACCAAACAGAUGACGAGGCUUCUGAAGACAACGUUGGGGGAUUGGCUAAAGGGGCGGGGUUACACGGUACAGCGUGGCGGGAUUUUUCAGAUUAAUGUCAAUAUCAAUUUCAGUUAAAAACUACUUUAGUUGUGCAUGACACUCCGCUGACUAUAAGCAUACAUUCUGAAUGCAUUAAAGUUUAUAUAAGCUUAAUACAUGUGGUUGUUAGGAGGCUUUUUUUUUUCUAAAACUUUAUUCAUUUUCGCGCUGCUCUUGUUUGGAUUAGUGAGUCUUUGAAACCUUUGCCUGUGUAGCCGCAGCGUAGUGAUUAGCUGCCUGUGCGCUAUAAACAACGAUUUAUCUUGCAUUGCAGUUAUAAUAUGCAGCUAAAAGAAUAAUACAUACAUACUAUUAGAGUAUAAUUUAAAUGCCAUGGAGAAUUACCGUCAGCAGCGAUAUGAGUCCUCUGCCCCUGGAAGGGAGAAUAAAUUGAGCAGAAAGAAAGUUUUUGCUGGGGGAGCCGGUGGCACUACCACUGGAAGCACUACGGGACAUUAUGAAGACGGCGAAAGGAAGCCUAAAUUUCACUUAAACAUUAGAACCUUGACGGAUGAUGUGCUUGACCGCUUUGCCAGCAUCCGUAUUCCAGGCAGCAGACGAGAGCGGCCCACUCUUUCCCACCUGAAGCACUCGUGCUCCUCCACCAGUGAGUGGUCCACCGAAUUUGAAGAGUUUGCCUCCAAGCAGAUGUCCGAGAAAGAGAUCCUAGCACUUUUUGAAAAAAUGAUGGAGGAUAUGAACUUAAACGAGGACAGAAAAGCACCCCUCAGGGAAAAGGACCUCAACAUGAAGAAAGAGAUGGUCAUUCGGUAUAUCAGCACAGCAUCCAAAACAGGCGGCCUGAAGAGCAGCCAUCAGAUCUCGCCACAGGAAUUCAUCUCUGAACUGAAGUCAGGUGCUACAGAUGAAAGGCUCUUCAGCUGCCUGGAUUCUCUGCGUGUGUCUCUGACCAGUAACCCUGUCAGCUGGGUGCAGAGUUUUGGCCAUGAAGGCUUGGGACUACUAUUGGACACUCUGGAGAGAUUACUUUACAAAAAACAUCAAGAAAAGAUUGACAAGAAGAGUCAACAUAAAGUCAUCCAGUGCUUGAAGGCCUUCAUGAACAAUAAGUAUGGGCUGGAGAGGAUCCUGGGGGAGGAGAAAAGCCUUUCCCUGCUGGCCAGAGCCAUCGAACCAAGGCAGCCUAACAUGAUGACAGAUGUGGUCAAGCUACUGUCUGCAAUAUGCAUCGUCGGUGAAGAAAAUACCUUUGAAAAGGUUCUGGAAGCAAUAACUACUGCUGCGGAACAUAGAAACAUUAAAAGGUUUCAUCCCAUUGUUGAGGGCCUGCGUGACCACUCUGUGCAGUUGCAAGUGGCUUGUAUGCAGCUCAUCAAUGCUCUUGUUACAUCUCCUGAUGAUUUGGACUUCAGGCUUCACAUCAGAAACGAAUUUAUGCGCUGUGGACUGAAAGCGAUAUUGCCACAUCUGAAUAUCAUUAAAAGUGAUGCACUGGACAUCCAGCUCAAAGUGUUUGAAGAACACAAAGAAGAAGAUAUGAUUGAGUUCGCUCAUCGUCUAGAGGAUAUUAGAUGUGAAUUUGAUGAUGUCAAUGAUGUCUACCACAUGGUGCUGAACAUGGUAAAGGAUACGGAUGCAGAAGGUUAUUUUCUCUCCAUUCUUCAGCAUCUGAUGCUAAUCAGGAACGACUAUUUUGUAAGGCCACAAUAUUUCAAGAUUAUAGAAGAAUGUGUCUCACAGAUACUGUUGCAUCGCAGUGGUACAGACCCAGAUUUUACAUAUCGCAAGCGCUUAGAUGUAGAUUUCAGUCACCUGAUAGAUGUCUGUGUCAAUAAAGCAAGAACAGAAGAGUAUGAACAGAGAGUUUCAGAACUGGAACAGAAGUUUGAUGAAGAAUUUAUGGCUCGACAAGAGACCCAAGCUGAACUACUGAAAAGGGAAGAAAAAAUCAAUGAACUUGAAGCAGAAUUGCAGGCUUUUAGAUCCCAGUUUGGAGCAGUGCCAGUUGGAGUUCCAACUCUUCGAUCACUUCAAGGAAGUGUUUUUAACUCGUCCCCGCCACCUCCACCCCCCUCUGCACCUGGGGGAGGUGCCCUGCCCCCUCCCCCUCCCCCUCCCCCUCCCCCUCUCCCAGGAUGCGGACCACCACCCCCUGCUCCAUUUCUUCAUGCAUGUGGAGCGCCUCCACCCUUCGGGGCCCCUGCUCCACCUCCACUCGGGUUUGGGGGGGCAAACUUCUCUCCGCCCCCCAAAACACUGCCUUUUGGAAUGCGGCCUAAAAAGGAAUUCAAGCCUGAAAUCUCCAUGAAGAGGCUCAACUGGUCUAAGAUCAGACCCUGCGAGAUGUCUGAAACCUGCUUCUGGAUAAUGGCAAAUGAAGACAGAUAUGAGAACCCUGACCUGCUGGCUAAGCUAGCACUUACAUUUGGGUCUAAGAAACUCGUCUGUGAAGUGAGUUCUCCUGACGAGGAGCCACCCAAGAAGGAGGAGGAGGAGCUGGAGGAGAAGAAAUCCAUCAAAAAAAGAAUCAAAGAACUGAAAGUCUUGGAUCCAAAGAUAGCACAGAAUCUGUCAAUAUUUCUGGGUUCCUUUCGGAUACCUUAUCAAGAAAUCAAAAGGAUGGUUUUGGAAGUGGAUGAAGAAAAACUGACUGAGCCUAUGAUUCAGAAUUUGGUAAAGCAUCUCCCUGAGCAGGAGCAGCUGAAUGCCUUGGUUCGCUUUAAAAAUGAAUAUCCCAGCCUGUCUGAACCGGAGCAGUUUGGAGUGGUGAUGAGUGGUGUGAAGAGACUGCGGCCACGGCUCAAUGCCAUUCUCUUUAAACUGCAGUUUGAGGAGCAGGUGAACAACAUCAGACCUGACAUCAUGGCGGUUAAUGCUGCCUGCGAAGAAAUGAGGAAGAGUAAAAGCUUCAGCAAGUUGCUGGAGCUGGUUUUGCUGAUGGGAAACUACAUGAACUCCGGCUCCCGGAAUGCUCAGUCUUAUGGCUUUGACCUCAGCUCCCUAUGCAAACUCAAGGACACAAAAUCAUCAGACCAGAAAAAAACUUUGCUGCAUUUCCUGGCUGAAGUAUCUGAGGAAAGGUUUCCUGAUGUGCUGAAGUUUGUGGAUGACUGGCAACACGUUGACAAAGCCAGCAGAGUCUCAGCAGAAAACCUGGAGAAGAACCUUAAGCAGAUGGAAGGACAGCUUCUACAGCUUGAAAAGGAUUUGGAGACCUUUCCCCCUACAGAGGACAUGCAUGACAAGUUUGUGACAAAGCUGUCCAGCUUCUCCAAGCAGGCCAGGGAGCAGUAUCAGAAGCUGGUUAUUAUGCAUAAUAACAUGAGUACGUUUUACCAGAACUUGGUGGAGUUUUACGUCAUUGACUCAAAGAAGACGUCAGCUGAAGAGUUAUUCACCGACAUGAGCAACUUCAGAUCUAUGUUUAUGCAAGCAGUGAAGGAGAACGUGAAAAGGAGAGAAGCAGAGGAGAAGCAGAGACGUGUCAAAAUCGCAAAAGAGAAGGCAGAAAGGGAGAAGCUGGAAAGGCAGCAGAAGAAGAAGCAGCGUUUGCUGGAAAUGAACACUGAGAGUGAUGAGACAGGAGUGAUGGAUAGUCUGCUGGAGGCCCUGCAGUCAGGUGCUGCAUUCAGAGACCGGAGGAAGCGCGCACCCAGGCCUAAAGAUGCCCGUCAUAGUCUCAGUCCAAUUUCUCAGAGGCCUGUUAUGAAGUCUUGUAACCAUGAAAACCUGAAGGCACCUUUGGAAAGGUCACGUUCUCGGCAGAAUAUAAAUUUCAGCUCGACAAGAGCACCAGUUGCCAAGGAGCUUAAUUAUGAAUCGGAGCCUCAUUCAUCUACAGCAAGAAGCAGGGCUGCUGGAAAGCGAGAGGCCCACAUUGGCCCAAGCACCCGGGAGAAGGAAACUGAGCCUUCCGGCUACACUCCUAAGGAAGACAAUGAUGUCGAGGCCCUACUGGCUCGGUUACGAGCCUUGUAAACCCACUACAUUACACCACUGUACCAUUACCUUUCUCCACACACUCCUGAUAUAAAAGAGAGAUGGGGGUAGAGAUUACAAGCCUUGUAAACCCACUGCAGCGUUAUAGUGUCAUUUUUGUAAUGAGCAAAAUGGUAUAUCACAUACCUGCUCACAAUUAACCUUUAUUUGAAGAUCUUAACCUUUUUGAGCUCCUGACAUUUUGUUCAAUAACGUUUUAAGGCUUAUGACGGAACAGAAAUGAAUAAGCUAGGUUAUUAUUUAGCACCUACAGUUUGCCCUUCGUACAUUGGUGUUUUAAAUGUUCUCUUGAGACGAAUGGGGGGUCACUGCAAGCUGUUACUGCAAUAACAUUCAUGACACAUGGAGUUAGUCCUUGUUGUCGAUCAUUUUGUGCAUCCUGCUGCCCAAUUUCCAUUCUCUUUGGUGAUGUGUUCCUCAACGACAACGUUCCCAACUGAGUUCUGCAACAAUAUAGAGUGUGGUCACUAUCAGCAGAUGCUCCUUAAAACAAGGUUGACUGUAUUUUUAGUUAAUUCAUUUUAAGUAUUACUAUGACUUUCAAGGAAUGUUGCAUAUAUAAUCUUGCCUGUAAAACAACAAAUUAACCAAAUGUUUCCCCCACAUGAAUUUAGACCACACUUGGUUAUGUAGAUACACACUGGGCAGUAAAAGGUUAAGGAAACAUUUAGAUUUUAUAUUUAUACCUUUAUUUAUUCACUUCUGCACCUCUUAUAUUUUUUUGCAUGAACACCAAAAUACUGAUCUUCUGUGUAGGUUAAAAUGUAUUCAAACAGGGAGACACAUAUAGCUAUAUCUAUGCAAACUGUUUUCAUAAAAGCUGUAUCUGUAUACACUAAUGUAUGUUUCAUAUAAUUGUCAGUAAGCGUUCUAUUUUGGUAAAGCUGUCUUGAUUAUUUCUCUGUGUACACUGCCAGAGAAGAAUUACUAAAUAAUGUAGAUCAUUACCAUACAAAGUAACUUUUUUUUUGGUUUCAUUACCUCCAUUUGAUUGAACAUGUAAUUGCAGUAAGCAGAUUCAUCUUAUAAUUUUAAACUUCUUCCCAGUUGGAUUCCGAUAAGUGUGUUUUGCACUAGGAUGUAGAAUUGGAUUAAGCCACACACAGGGAUUUUUCACAGUUAAUUUUAAUAAUUGCAUAUUCUCCCAAGCACUACAAGUGUAAUAAUCUGUUAAAAAACAAACAAAAAAAAAAGUAUAAUUAGAAUUAAAUCAGACAAGAUAACUUUAUCUUACCGCUGUAUCCAAACAGAACAAGUGAAUUUCUUUCUUUCUAUCUUUAGUAAAUGUACUUUUUCUUAUUUACUGAUCUUAAUUAUUAUAAAUGUUUAAUUAUAGAAUAAUAUAAUGAAAAAAAGCAUUUUGUUGCAGAAAACAUCAUGUAUACAAUAAAAUGAAAUGAAGUGUAAAUGUUUUUUCUUGUUUUGGGGAAGAAGCAGUCUCACAUUUUAAAAGGUCUGCUACUAUUCAGUCACUCAACGAAUCUCAUUUCAUUACGCACAAAACAAUUCAGCUGUCAUCUAGCGUUGUUAAUGUAAACCUGAUUAUAUGUACCAAUACAGAUGGGUUUGUUUAGGUAAUGAGAAUGCUACCUGCAAUCAGUGCUCUUAAUGUAUUCUAAAUACUAAUUACAAUCCUUACCACGGGUUUGGCUUUCAUUUGAAUUAUCCUGUGCAAAAACUGAAUUGUGUUGCCCAAGACAUUGCUAGAUUAUUCUGACACACACUGUUAUAAAGCAAUUAAACUUCCAAGGAUUAUUUAUAUUUUCAACAUUAGGG